ACUAUCAGGUCUCUAUGGCGGAGCACUUGGCUUCGAUCUUCGGUACCGAAAAGGACCGGGUCAACUGCCCCUUCUACUUCAAGAUCGGUGCUUGUCGCCACGGCGAUCGCUGCUCUCGCCUCCACAAUCGCCCCACGAUCUCUCCGACACUCCUCCUGUCGAACAUGUACCAGCGCCCGGACAUGAUCACCCCGGGCGUGGACGCCCAGGGCCAGCCCAUCGACCCGCGCAAGAUCCAGGAGCACUUCGAAGACUUUUACGAGGACAUCUUCGAGGAGCUCAGCAAGUUCGGCGAGAUCGAGAGUCUCAACGUCUGCGACAACCUCGCCGACCACAUGAUCGGCAAUGUCUACGUUCAGUUCAAGGAGGAGGACCAGGCCGCAGCAGCCUUGCAGGCCCUUCAGGGACGUUUCUACUCGGGCCGCCCCAUCAUCGCCGAUUUUUCGCCGGUCACCGAUUUCCGCGAGGCCACGUGUCGGCAGUUCGAGGAGAACAGUUGCAACCGAGGCGGGUACUGCAACUUCAUGCACGUGAAGCUGAUUGGAAGAGAGCUAAGGAGGAAACUUUUUGGAAGGUUCCGUGGGUAUAGGAUUAGCCGGAGUCGUAGCCGGAGUUUGAGCCCCCGUCAUAGGCGAGAGCAUAGGGACUAUAGGGACCGGGAUCGUGAUUAUGGAGGGAAUGUGAAGCGAUUGAGCAAGGACAGGUAUGACAGGGACGGUGGUGGUGGUGGAGGAAGGAGAAGGCAUGCUAGCCCGAGGCGGAGCAGGAGCCCCGUACCCGGGAGGGAAGGUAGUGAGGAGCGGCGAGCUAGAAUUGAACAGUGGAAUCGAGAAAGGGAGGAGCAGUAAUGUGUGGAAUCCUUUGCAUUUGGUACGGGCCAGAUCUGGUACCCUGAAAAUUGGGCUUGCCGAGCUCAAAGUUGAUCAGAAAACGGGUCCUGGUUUAAUCUUCUUUCUCAAACUUUUCCCCCACUUUUUACCUCUCACGCUUUCUCUCUAAUGAUUUUCCCAUUAAUGCUUUUAGGCCCAGAUUUGGCAGGCAGCCUUGAAAUUUUGGGUCGUAGAACUCAAAAUUGGGCAGAAAACGGGUUCUUGGUUUUAUUUUCUGAUCAGAGACUUAACCUGUUUUUUCUCUCUCUAAUGUUUUUUCCAUUUAUGCUUUUAGGGCAAUCGAACUCAAAGUGGGUCAGAAAACAGGGCAAGUUGUCUGGUUAGUGUACCAUAUCUCAGUUUUGAUUUUCUUCUAACCAAAAGAAACGUAUUUUAAGAGAUAAUAUUAUGCUUUUCUGCCUCUAGGAAAAGCAAAAAACAAGUUGCGAUUACCUUCUUGAUGACUCAUUGACUACAUGACAGUAUGGGCCGGAAACUAGUUGAGUUGUGCCUCUCAAUGAAAUAUUUUGUGGCGUUAUAUUAAAACUAGUUGACUCCUUCUGUUAGAAACACGAACACCAUUUUGUCCUGUUAUUCUCUAGAAUUCAAAAUUCACUUCCCUCCUUUGCCCAAGCGCUUAAGAUAUGAUAGGGUUCUUACUUCUUCCCAUGAUGAUACAGCCAAGACAGGUUUUUUCGAGAUGAAAAGGUAUAACUUUUUGAAACGUUCUUUCAUUGGUGCCGAGAAGAAGCCAAGGAUCAAAAGGGCCAUAAUUUCAGAAACCCCCGAUCUUAACAUUUGCUCAAGUUUUCACAAGCUUCGCCCCAGUGAUUACCUGUGAGGAGUUCUAGGCUCUGAUGUUUCAGGAAAUGGGGAAGUUUGUAGGGUGUAAUCUUGACACAUGGCAUAAGCGACAGCCACCGAAUGGCCCACAGUUAGAUUCGUCAUGCUGGCUUCCCAUUUGCACCACUAACUCUCCCUUAUCUUUUUUGGGUAUUUCCUUAAUGCCUGAAGUCGCAAGAAGUUCAGCAUAGUAUUAGUCUCCGCCUGUUGCAGAAAAACUCCCAGAAUGAGAAUUGCACCUUAUGAAUGGGGCUUCUCGCUCCAUUAAUGCUUAAACUACCACUUUCUUGUGGUCACGUUACAGUUCUUUUUCUAGAAAAAGAAGGUUCAAAAUACUAACAUUUUUUAUAGUAACUGAUGUUGAAGGGCUUUAGGCGUGUCGAUAAAAAUCUUUUUGCUAUAGCACUUUUCUCUCA